AUGUCUGCAAUUGACAUGUUAUCGGCGGCAUGGCCAUCGGCAUGUCGGCCGCCAUCCCCGAUUUCAUUCGAUACAUUCGAUGUUACUAGAUUGUCCGCAACAACCUGGCCUGAUAUACUGGAUAUUGAUGCUGAAGUAAAUGACAUUGGUGCAUCAGUCACGGGCUGGGGUGAUGGGGAAAUGGAAGAUCCAGUAACGGAUCGCUCCGAGCACCCAGCCACAACCGACGCGCACUCGGUUGCCGGCUCGAAGCCAAAGAAGCGCGGGCGGCCUCGAUUAAGCCCUCGAGAAAAUGAUGAUAGAACGCGGCGACGUGCGCAGAUCCGCCUAGCACAGCGCGCCUAUCGCAAAAGGCAAACUUCGGCCAUGGAGAAGCUGCAACAGCAAGUGAACGAGAUGGGAAAAUUGUCUGGCAGGCUCAUCAACUCCCUUUCGGAUAUAUCAAAGGAACUUGCGCUGCUGCGAGUGUUUGAGAUGCGGCCUGCGGCUGCGGUCGCAUUCAAUGCCCUCGUGGGAGACUGCAUAUCACUUCGUACAAUGGCCUCAUCGCAAGCGCACGAAGAAUCCGACGUGGAUAUUUCAAACUUUCAGAAUGAGUGGGACUCGACGCUUCAAAGAUGCGAUUGGAUGAUCCCACGAUACUCGGAGCCAUGGCCUCAAUCGCUACCUACAUCCCAACACAACUUGGACCAAUCAACCCCGGAACGACACCGUGCGGAAAUGUCCAUUUCAAGUUUACUUACAGCUAGUAGUCCAUUCACAGUCCUCUCCAGUCUUGUUGAUCCAAUUCCGCGCCGGCCCACGUCAUUCGCCCAUCGAGUCCAUCUGGUGUGUCUGGAGCGUGGAUACCAUCUACUAAGAAACCCAAAGAGCGACAUGCGCCAAGUAAUGAGAACAUUUGGGAAAACGUUAGCCAAGACUAGCCGCACCAGUCUGAUUAUGCAAAUUGAAACCAUAUUGCGAGGUAAUGAAGCUGUUGCUGGAACGGAUUGGGUCAUCUCUCGGCCGGAGCAGACUGCGAGCAUCUACAGUCCGCUGCUGCCUGCACCUCCUACCAUGGCCACCUCGACAAAGAAUGAAUGGCUUGAGCCCCUGGAUGUACACUACUUAUUGUUGAAGAGUAAUAUCCCAAUCGAGACGGACUCUGUGUCGAUCCAACUUUCUUCCAGCAUCCCACAAGGUCAAGACACCACUGACUCCACGAGCAACUCUCCCAACUUACGUCUAGAUUUUGCAUCUGUCGAAGAAUCCCUUGAAGACCAAUCAAGCCAGGCAAGAGUAUUUGACGUGAACUAUUUUCUAGAGAUCUUGGGUCGACUCGGUGUCUGUGGCGGUACUCUACCGAUCCUUCGUCGCAAAGAAGUUGAAGCGGCAAUGUACUAUGCAAUGGGUCUGGGGGCUGAACCAAGGAGCAACAACUAG